ACUUCCUUGUAAUGUAGGCUAGUUCUGAUGAAGCAAUUUUACCGCACUGCUAUCAAAAUUCCAUUGGAAGCGGUUUUGUGCAGCCUUACAACAGUGUUUUACAGCUCUUCAAGUCACGUGCCAAUGGCUUCUACGACCACUAACAUCAAGCAAGUGAUUUUCUACCUUUUUGCUACUUGUGGACUGAUAACUUUGCCGCUGUUUUUUUAUUCCUUUGGCAAUCAGUCAUCCACAGUCUGCCCAACUUACUUUACAAAGGCACCUAAUGUGACUGAGGCAAAGCCAGAGAAACCCAUUCUUUUGAUCUGGUUGUGGCCGUUUGGUUUCAAAUUUGACAUCAAAGACUGCAUGACCUAUUUCAACAUAGACAGCUGUGUUCUCACAGAUGACCGCUCCUUGUACAGUGCUGCAGAUGGAGUUUUCUUCUAUCAACAGACCAUCGAUAGGAAGCUCAACAUUCUUCCUAAGGGUCCACGGCCAGCAUUCCAAAAAUGGAUCUGGUUCAAUAAUGAAUCUCCAACCAACACUAAAAGAGUUGUUGGAUUUGAUGAUUUGUUCAAUCUGACUAUGACCUUUAGACAAGACUCAGACAUUACUGCUCGCUAUGAGCUGAGCAUUGUGAGAAGUCAGGAACAAUUUGUGCUUCCCCAGAAAAAACAAAUUGUUUGCUGGAUUUCAAGCAAUAACGCUGCGGGGACUGGUGCAUCAACCCGACUGAACUAUUACCAUGAACUAAAGAAGCAUAUUGAUGUGAAAGUAUAUGGUCGAGCUGUCUCAGGAGCAAGUUUUCUAAGGCAUGAAGACUAUUACUCUACCAUUGCUAGCUGCAAAUUUUACUUGGCCUUUGAGAACUCCCUUCAUGAGGGCUACAUCACAGAAAAGUUAAAUGGGCCAAUGGCCAGUGGGACUGUGCCAGUAGUUUUAGGCCCAUCCAGGGAGAACUACGAACAGGUUAUUCCUGCAGACUCAUUCAUCCACGUGAAUGACUUCCCUAACCCAAAAGCUUUGGCUGAGUACCUGCUUCAGUUGAAUCAGAACGAAGACAUGUACAUGCGUUACUUUGCAUGGAGGAAAUACUUCAAAGCUACACCUCAUCUUCUAACAGUACCCAAAGAAUUUCUACAGCCCAUCUGCACUGCCUGUGACCACAUUGCUAAUGACAACACCUAUAAUGUGGUCAAUGAUCUGUUCUGGUGGUACCAUAAAAAUCUUCGUGGGGCCUGGUAGAAAUGAGAUAAGAUCUCUAACUGUGCAUUCAGACCGAAACCGUCAAAAGCGUCAAAAGCGCUGGUGAAGCUCAAAGCGCGACGCUCAACCCAGUUCAGCGUAAAAGCCAUGACGUGAAACAUUCGAACAAACCACAAGCAGCAAUCCUGAGAGAUCGACAUUCUGAAUGGUUGACGCCGAACCGUGUCAUAGCUCAUUACGAUAAAGUUACUGUAACUGAGGCUCAACUUAUUUUUGACGCCUGUGACGCCCAUUAAGCCACACUCACGCCCAGAACGCUUUUGACGCCAAUGCCGACUCUCCAUAGAAAAUGAAUGAUUUCCGGUGCUCUUGGCGCUUUUGACGGUUUUGGUCUGAACGCACAAGGCUGCAUUUACACUGGCAGGCCCUGAUGCACACUUCCGGUUCCCCACCUAUAUCCGGUUUGUAUCUCUUUUCAUCAGUACUCUUCUAGUUUUGGAUCAUUCAAGAAGGGUCUUGAGGCAUAUCUUUUCAAUAUGCACUUAAUCUGUUAAACGCUUCCUAUGGGUUAUGGUUUGUAUAAUAUGAUAUUGCUUUUGUUUUCAUUAGGCCAUUGAUUGAAUGGACAUAGUUGUUUUAUUAUUGCUAUUCUCAAGUCAAGUCAAGUUUAUUUAUAUAGCACAUCUCAUACACAGAGGUCAUUCAGUGUGCUUUACAUAAACAAAAAACAAACAGUAAUUAUAGCAGAUAAAAGCAUAGAUGGGCAAAGAGUAAUAGUAAUAAUAAUAAUAAUUAUUAUUAUUAUUAUUAUUAUUAUUAUUAUAAAAAGAUCAUAAUAGAAAAUAAAAAGAAAGCAUAUAUUAAGAUAAAAUCAAUAAAGAAUAAUUAACAUAAAAGACUCAAGGUGGAAUAAUUAAAAGACAGUUAGCAGAAAGCAUCUGACAACAAUUUGGUCUUAGGUUCGUCUUCUGUCUAAAAUAUGCUAUGGUCUCACCAACUGAUUAUGAAUGGGUUGAAGAAAAAGAAGAAUGGAUUUUGGCGUGACAUUUCUUGUGUCACGGCGGGAGCGUGAGAGUUGGCAACCCUGAAGUGAUAAUUAAAAAAAAAGGAAAUAUUCAACCUUUAAGGACAUCAAUUGUCUUUGUGAAUGAAUAAUGUUUUGUAAAUGCAUAAAUAUUUUCCUUAAAAUACAGGUGUCGUAAGUAUUGGAACGCUUAUGUUAACCUUUGUAUUAAAAUUCCCAUAGAGGCUA